UAGCAGUUUUGAGUGGUGGAGAACUGUCGCUAACGAGCAACGGUAACCGGCGAACUCACCCAAACUCAAUGCCGGCGGCGGCGGCGCCGUGCUUUGCGUCCGGAGCGCCUCUCCUGGGUUCAUCUCCUCCGAGAGCGAAGCGUCAUCGUCGGCUUCACCUAGCGAAUCAGUCAGCUGCGGCCUCGCCGUCUCGCAGAGAGGUCUCCGUCUUCCUCGGCUCGAGCGCCUUGCUCGGGUCAUUCGGGCUCUCGCUCUUCGUCCCCGCCUCUCCUUCCAUGUCCGCGUCGCCGGAGUUCUUCGAGCUCCCGGACUCCGGCGGCGUGAGGGUGCUGGACCUUCGGAUUGGCUCCGGCGAGGCUCCUUCUGCCGGCGACGAGGUCGCUAUACAUUACUAUGGAAGAUUGGCAGCAAAGCAAGGAUGGAGAUUUGAUUCCACGUAUGAUCACAAAGAUAGCACCGGGGAUUCAGUUCCUUUUGUCUUCACACUUGGUUCAGAGAAUGUAAUUUCAGGGAUUCAAGCUGCCGUGAAAUCCAUGAAAGUAGGUGGUAUCCGUAGAGUCGUUAUUCCGCCAUCACAAGGAUACCAGAGCACAUCCCAAGAACCUAUACCACCAAAUUUCUUUGACAGGCAGAGGCUGUUUACUACAAUUUUUAAUCCGACCCGUCUUGCCAAUGGUGAAGGUUCCACAUUGGGCACUCUUAUCUUUGACAUAGAAUUAGUCAACCUGAGACACCAAUAAUUUUCGGAUGAACGCUCUUUAGAUGAUCUUCAACUCACGAGAAAGGAUCAUGUCAGGACUUUGAUGGAAAUCACUUCCUUUAGUUGCUCCCGACGUCCUGCCUAAGGUCAACUGUACACAUUCACUUGUUGUCAGGAUAUCUUGUGUUUCCAACUGUAAAACCAACUUCCUUAAUGGCUCUCCUUCUGAUUGUAUUUGGGCUUACUUCUUUCCGCCCUUCGUCCUGAAAUUGAUUCAUUUUGAUCUUACCAUCUUAACGUAUCGAUGUGAUCAAGUCACGUCUAGGUUGUCUCUCAAGAAAGGCACAUCAUAGACGUAUAUAAGGCAACUCGGGAUGUUCUCCAAGAUUAGCUCCAGAAUUUGAGAGUAAUUCCAUAGCCUGAGCAUGUUCUCUCUCUUUUUUGGCCACAUUCAGCCUGAGCAUGUUCAAACCUGGGAUAAAAGUUGGGAAUCCACUUGGGCAAUAAGGUGAGACUUGAUAUGGUGUCUCGUCAAAGAGUCUGUUCAGAGAUGUGACUUUGUUGUUCAACCUAUGCGGAUCGUCAACAAGGGCAUAAGUGUUUUCUUAUCUAGUGAGCGAUGUUGAAACAUGCUGUGGACCUGAUUCUUCAGGUCAUUAUGUUUUCAUCUACUUUUCAACGAAGAAAUUAUUCCGUCA